AUGGAACAUCUCGAGGUGGACAGCGGUGAAGUGUUCCCCAAGGAGCUGCAGACGAAGGUGGGCCAUCUGAAAUCGGCCAUCGACGAACUUGCUCAUUUCCUCGAGCACCGCAACAUGGACUGCUAUUUUCAAAAUCUGCUGGCCCAGCUAUCACAGCUCUCGCGCGACGUCGACUGUAGACUCGAUGAGGUCUCCACCUUCUUCACCUUCCUCGAGCUGUCGGCGGUGGCCUCGGUCAAUCAGCAGUGGAAGCGACUGUCGGGCGACGAGAGCCUCUGGAAGCGAUUGUACUUUAGGCGCUGGAAGGACAGAAAGCUGGGACCACGUCAGCCCCACGUCAAUCACUACUUCACCCUAAGCGCCCUUGCCGGGGAGCAGGUACCCAGCGCCGGUGAGAACAAGAGCAGCAGUGUUGGGAGCAGCAACGGGAGCAGUAGCAGUAGCGGCAGCAGCAGUGGAAAGCCACUGCUAUCCGCCGCGGAGGCCGCGAGUCAACACGAGCCCAAUGGCACUGCUGUGGCAGCGAUCAAGGCCGACCGCAACACGCUCUCCCUCUCCUCGCCCGUUCCACUGGGAGCCGUCAAGUGCCGCACGAAGCCGGCUGGUUCACUGAGCAUGAGUGGGGACUACCUCUCAGAGGAGGGCGAGACAAGUCAUGAUGCGAGCUACGAUAGGAGGAAGCGGGAGAAGAGGGACUGGAAGGACAACUACAUCCGAAGGUAA